AUGGGCUGCUGCUCCGGGCGCUGUACGCUGAUCUUCCUCUGUACGCUGCAGCUGUUAGCUGCACUGGAAAGACAAAUCUUUGAUUUUCUUGGAUUCCAAUGGGCGCCUAUCCUUGGUAAUUUCCUGCACAUAAUAGUUGUCAUUUUGGGGCUGUUUGGAACCAUCCAAUACAGGCCUAGAUAUAUAGUUGUGUACUCAGUGUGGACUGCUCUCUGGGUCUCGUGGAAUGUUUUCAUUAUCUGCUUCUAUUUGGAAGUGGGCGGCCUUUCUAAGCUCCAACUCUCUCAGGUUGGAUGGGGUAAACAGCAGCUUUCAAGUCUUGUUUCAGAUUCCAAAUCAGAUUGA